AUGUCCCGUGAAGAGUACAUCAACACCGACAACCCUAUCCAAGAAGCUCACAGUUUCAUCUCCUACGAAAUAAUCAGGAACUCUAAAGUCAACCUGAUAACCAACAAGAUGGACGGUACUACAGUUGGCAGCCAUAUCACUGGCAUCCGCGGGGUGUGUGACUGGGACGAUGCAGGCAACUUCUGCAGCUACGAGGAGUGUGAUCAAUUCGGGAAGUGGAACUUCAAUCGCGUGGUCUGGUCGAUCCGGCAGAUGAACUCAGAGUCAAUUUCUUCACUAGAGUCCGGGCCCAACAUCUCCGAUCAAAAGGAGUUGAUCGGGUUCCCCAAAAAACCCCGACCUGAACCCGCCCAACCUGGCUCUGUAUCCGUGUCAGACUUACCUACUAUUUAG